UAAUAUAGAUGAUAGACCCUCCUUGAUAAGGCCAAAAAUUGCAAUGUUUCAUUAUUGACAGACGCGGCCCAACUCCAAUCUAUUGCAAUAGCACGCCAUCGCGAGCAAACAUACUUUAUUCUGUAGCUGCCAUACCUAACGAGAAUUCAAAGAAUUUGAUUGGACGGAUUUGGUAGCCUUCUAGAGAUAGAGUCUUCGUUGCACCCUACUGACCUAAUCUUCGGGAAAAACAGAUCUAACCUAACGUUCUACGGUCUGACAGGCAAAGAUUUCGACAGCUAAAUAUACAGUUGAUGUCAAAUGUGGAUCCCACAUUAAGACUAGGUGUGGCUGGAUUUCGCUGUUUCCUUAGUUUUACACGUAACCAGUGACUUCAUCGCCAUUGAGGUCUGUUCACCCCCCAAAAAAAGAAAACUAUAAGCUUGUCGGAGUUUGUAUCUACCAGUAAGGAAAACUUAAGCAGCAUGGCUUCUGCAUCAGAGAUUGCAGCAAAGUUGAAUCUGGUGGCCCACCCUGAAGGUGGCUUCUAUGCUGAAACUUUCAGAGAUACCUCGAUUUUCCUCUCCAAAUCUCAACUUCCACCUGAAUACAAAGUUGAUCGUGCUGUUAGCUCAUGUAUUUACUUCUUGCUACCAUCCGGGUGUGUGUCUCAUCUUCAUCGUAUACCAUGUGCUGAGACCUGGCAUUUUUAUUUGGGAGAACCUCUCACGGUACUAGAGUUGGAUGAGAAAGAUGGGCAGGUGAAACUAACAUGUCUUGGACCUGAUCUGGGAGAUAAUCAGCAGGUGCAGUAUACGGUACCUCCAAAUGUUUGGUUUGGUGCAUUUCCAACAAAGGAUUUUCAGAUUUCAACUGACGGGAGUGUCACAAAAACUGAAUCAAGGGAUGGUGAGAGCCACUAUUCCCUUGUUGGAUGCACCUGCGCACCUGCCUUUCAGUUCCAAGACUUUGAGCUGGCAAAACGAUCCGAGCUUCUGACUCGCUUUCCCAAUCAAAAGCGUGUCAUUUCUUUACUCACCUAUCCUGAUUGAAACCAGUAAUCAAGAAAUCAGACUUCUGAUAUCGCUGCUUUCAAUACUUCCAACUUAUAUUCGCUGUACUAUACAAAGUAUUAAGAUGUUUAUCAAAUGUUGUUUUCUAUGUAAAAGAGAUUAACAAUAAAUUUGUACACUGACAGACUUUUCUGCAAAUGUUGUA